ACUUGGCAAGAUGAACACUCGGCUCCGUUCUCCUGGGAAACGAAGAGUCAGAUGGAGUUCAGCGUUGCAUCUCUGUCCAUCCAAGAACAAGGUGGUGCCCAGCUGCAGAAUGAACAGAGGCAGCCCAUUAAAGCAGCACCUGGUGUCCAAGUCCCUAAAUCUUCUCAGGCCGCCAAGACCCCUGGCUCUGAUGGGUUGAUAGCAUCCAGAAAGGAAGAGGAGUCCUCUUUCUGGAAGAUAAAUGCAGAGCGCUCAAAGUUCGAAGGAGACAAGUCUGAGUUCCAGUCCCUGACGCCCAGCCAGAUCAAGUCCAUGGAGAAGGGAGAGAAACCCCUUCCCUCCUUUUACAGACAAGAGUCUGCUCCAAAGGAGAUGGCAAAAGUGGAGAAGCCCAGCAUAACUAAACCAGAGAAGUCUGUCACCCCCAGCCUACCUUCUGUGUCUCUCGAAUGGGAGAAACCGCGACCCACUCAACUCCCCGUUAGUUCUCUAGAUGACUUCCUUCUUCCUGACCCACCACAGGACCUGGCAUGCUCUAGGACAGACAAGGAAGAUUCUGAUGGUACUGUACUUACAGAUCCACAAAUGCCUGGACAGACUAGUACAAGCAAUGUUAUCUUGAAGACUGGCUUUGAUUUUCUAGACAACUGGUAAAAGAUACUUCAAAAUAGUUCAAACCAAUUUUGGGGAAGGCGUGGAAUUUUCCCCUUGUAUGUUAAUUUACUAGCAUUUGUGUCUUUUCUUUUUUUUUUUUUUCCUAGAAGUAACUUUCAAACUCUUAAAUGUUGCCUUUGUAUAAACUUUUGUAAUACCAUAUGCAUUUUGGGGUUUCCAACAGUGAUAGAAGUGUGGUUUCAUUUGGGUAUUUUUUUAAAUCGCUGUUAAAAUUUUUAGUAGCUACUGUGUUGAGAGGAUGGGAGAAGUCACCCCCUACACGUUAAAGAAAAAC